GUAAAAAGAAAUUCCAAAUUUCAGUCUCAAUGUGUGAUUAUUGCACAUGGAUAGAUACGAUUCUAGCGAAAGCCAAAGAGGAGGCUGAUAUCGUAGAGGAAAAACGAAGAAAUACACCGGCCAAAAAGAAUCCAGUAAUAAUAGUCCAUGGUGGAGCAGGACGAAUACCAAAUAAGGAAUUAUCUUAUAUGCUUCAAGAGGUUAAAAAAGCUGCUUUGAAGUCGUACAGACAACUUUUGGAAUGCUGCUCGUCCAUAGAUGCUGUAGAGACAGCAAUCUGUCAUAUGGAAAGUCAACCAUAUUUUAAUUGCGCCAGAGGAGGAUCCUUGGAUAUAAAUGGCAAUAUAGUAAUGGAUGCCGGAUUGAUGGAUAAUAAUUGGAAUGCUGGUUGUAUUGGUUCAGUUCGUGAUAUCGAACAUCCAAUAAGCCUUGCAAAAAAAGUUCUACAGGAAACGGAUAAUGUUUUGGUCGUUGAUAAUGGCGCUCAGAGAUUUGCAAUUGAAAUGGGAUUUCCCAUUUUGAAACCAGGAUCGCUUAAAAAGAACAUAACAUCCGGUUCCUCGACACAAUUAUAUGAGGAUAACGAGGAAGCAAUAAGUAAUUCCACAAUCAAUGACCAGGAUGAACUGGAGGAAAAUUAUGAAGAUACUUCAAGUAAUUUUGAGAAUCACAUAUUGGAGGUCACCGACAAACCAGAAGUUACAAGUGCAAAAAAAUUACCACAGUGUGUAACCAGGUUUUUGAUGAAACAGGAAGCUAAACAAAGAGAAUUGGAGAAAUCUAAAUUAGAAGCAGAUGCUCGACGAUUACUUAAUGCACCCACAGUUUUGCAAGUGGGUGGAGUCGGAGCAGUUGCGCUGGAUCGAAAUGGAAUUUUGGUGAGUGGUACGUCGACUGCUGGGCAUACUGGAAAAAUCUCUGGUUAUCUAAGUCCAAGUGGAACUGUCAUUGGUUGUGGAAUUUUUGCCGAAGGGAAUGCUUGCGCUUCCGUUUCCGGUAAUGAGAAAUCAAUUUAUCUGUAUGGACCCGCAAGAAAGAUCGUGGAGAGGAUUAAUAAAGAUAUCAACGAAGUUUGUGGAGCUGCACCAGAAUUAGCAGUUGAGACAGAAUUGAAUCUUUUUGAAAAAGAAAUGUUUGAAUCGGAUAUAGGUGGCGUUGCGGUCGACAUCAAUGGUACACCUAUGGUAUAUUCAAAAAGUAUGCAUUUUCCAUUUGCUUUCUGUGAUAAUGGUAUGAUUUUUUAUGGAUAUGAAAAUGACUCUAUGAGCUAUGAUGAGAUUCGUGAUUUGGAAGGUAAUUUGGAUUGUUUAUGCGAGGACAUAGAUUGAUAAAUAAUUACAAAUUAAUU